ACCCUUUUUUAGUUUAGAUUUUCCUUUUCCUUUUUCCUUUUAGCAAAAAUUUGUACCAAAUUCAGUUGGCUCAAAGCGGUCUCCAUUUUCAAUCACAGUAGCAGCAGCAGCAGCCGCAAUAGGCUAUGAAUGGUGUAAAAAGAGGCGCCAGCUGAAGUUAAGAGAAGGUGUCUUUUCUGAGCAUGAUAGGUUUUUCAAACAAGUUCAAUGUUUUCCAUGGAAAUAGAUCUUGAGGUGCCUUCAAAAGAACAAGAGAAGUUAAUUCCUGGAUCAGAUGAGAAUAGUGAUGUCCUGGACGCUGCAGAGGAAAUAGAUGAGGAAGAUAAUAAUGGAACUCCUGCAAGCAGUGAGCAUGCUGUGGAAGCCUGUGAACCAAAUUUGAUAGAGAGUUUUACUGGUUGUGAGGACAAUGUGGAUGUGACUACUGUUGAAGCAAAUGUUCACGAAGGUGCCAUUUUUGAGCCUCAAAAUGGUCUGGAAUUUGAAUCAAAGGAAACGGCAUAUGCUUUUUACCGAGAAUAUGCUCGGUCUGUGGGAUUUGGAAUCACAAUAGUUUCUAGUCGUCGUUCAAAAAGAUCUGGAAAAUUUAUUGAUGUAAAAGUUGCAUGUUCUAGAUUUGGAAGCAAGCGUGAAUCUAACACAACUCUUAAUCCUCGAUCAUGUCCAAAGACUGGCUGCAAGGCACGCAUGCAUAUAAAGAGGAGGCAAGAUGAAAAAUGGGUAAUCCAUAGUUUUGUAAAAGAGCAUAAUCAUGAGAUUUGUCCCGAUGAUUUUUACUAUGCUAUCAGGGGAAGAAGCAAACAGCCUGGUGCUGUGUCAUGCCAAAAGAAAGGCCUGCAGUUGGUUCUAGACGAGAAAGAUGUAGAAUUGAUGCUUGAUUUUUUUAUGUGCAUGAAGGAUGAGAAUCCAGGUUCCUUUUAUGCAAUUGAUUUCGAUAACGAGAAAUGUGCAAGGAGUGUGUUCUGGGUUGAUGCAAAAGGUAGGCAUAAUUACAGUCACUUUGCUGAUGUGGUAUUUUUUGAUACCUUUUUUGUUAGAAACAAAUACAGGAUUCCUUACAUUCCUAUUAUUGGAGUAAAUCAUCACUUCCAGUACAUGUUGCUUGGAUGUGCCCUCAUUGGGGACAAUACUACAUCAGCUUUUGUUUGGUUAAUGCGUUCAUGGCUUAAAGCAAUGGGUGGGCACGCUCCUAAAGUGAUACUUACUGAUCAAGACAAAGUUUUGAAUGAAGCUGUUGCUGAUGUGUUUCCUGACUCUCGCCAUUGUUUCUGUUUGUGGCAUGUACUAAGUAAAUUUCCUGAACAUUUGGGUUGUAUUAUGAAUCAAAAGGAGAAUUUCAUAAAAAAGUUUAAUAAAUGCAUAUAUAUGUCUUGGACGCAUGAACAAUUUGAAAAGAGAUGGUAUAGGAUGGUUGACAAGUUUGAGCUGAAGGAGCAUGAAUGGGUUCUUUCAUUAUAUAAUGAUCGGGAAAAGUGGGUUCCUAUUUAUAUGCGGCAUAUAUUUUUAGCUGGAAUAUCUACAACCAUUCGAUCUGAAAGUGUUGCAUCUUUCUUUGACAAGUUUAUGCACAAAGCAGCUACAUUCGGUGAGUUCAUUGAGCAGCUUAAAUCAUUCUCACUAGAGUUGUAUGAAAUGGAAGCCAAAGCUGAUUUUGAAACCCAAAGUAAACAACCUGAAUUGAGAUCUGUCUCAGCUUUUGAGAAGCAAAUGUCCAUGAUCUAUACAGAUACAGUGUUCAAGAAAUUUCAGGCUGAGAUUUUGGGAAUUGUGUCUUGUCACUUACAGAAGGAAAGCGAAGAUGAGGACAAUGUUGUCUUUCGAGUUGAUGAUUUUGAAGAACGUCAAAAUUUCCUUGUAGCUUGGAGCAAAAGAGAAUUUGAUAUAUGUUGUUUAUGCCGUUCAUUUGAAUACAAAGGAUUCCUUUGUAAGCACUCCCUCCUUGUUCUCCAAAUGUCUGGUGUUUCUGACAUUCCAUGCCACUAUAUAUUAAAGCGUUGGACACAAGAGGUGAAGAUUAGGCAAACUCUAGGUGAAAAAUCAAACAGGCUUCAUUAUCGUGUGCAACGUUUCAAUGAUCUGUGCAAGCGAGCCAUCAAAUUGGGUGAAGAAGGUUCUUUAUCUCAAGAAGCAUAUACUAUUGCACUACAGGCAUUAGAAAAAGCCUUGAAAAAUUGUGUCAGUGUGAACAACACUGGAAAAGGUGUUUGUGAGCCAAGCACGUCAUCUGUUCAUGGUCUUCUUGAGACUGAUGCGGAGAAUAAUUGGAAUGCAACAACCAAGUUGUCUAAGAAGAAGAAAGCAUGUAAAAAGAGGAAGGUUCAUUUUGAUUCGGAAGGAGUAUCUAUGGGACAAGACAGCUGCCAGCAAAUGACAAGCUCAAGAGCCAAUGCGCUAGAUGGUUGUUCUGUUUCUCAGCAGGACAUGCAUGGGAUGGAUGUAAGCUCUAGAGCCCCAACUCUUGAUGGCUGCUAUGGUGCUCAACAAAAUAUUCAAGGAAUGGGACAAUUGAACUCAAUUUCUCCGUUUCGUGGUGGUUAUUAUUGCAAUCAACAAAACUUAUUAGGGCUGGGACAGCUACAUUCUCUAGCAGCCAGUGAUAAUCACUACGGGAACCAACAGAAUAUGCAGGGUCAUCUUCCCUUUAGAGCACCAGCCAUGCAGGGUUUUGACAUUCAAGAAGGCCUGCAAGAUGAGGAGCGACCCCUGGACUCGACUCAUUUUCUCGGCAUUGCAUCAAAGCAUCUUCAUGAUAAGCUCCUUUCCUAGUAGCUGCAAAUAGUAACAUUUCUGUACAUUAAUACAACGAAAAAGACAAUAUUAACAUCAUGAUAUUGGUAGGAUACGUUAGAGUUUAUUCCUUUAGGGUUGCCCAAAUUCACAAGUCGAGAAUAUUUCCUUAUUUUUUUUUUCUGGAAAUGAAAACCCCAGUAAGCUUUCUAAUGAACUUGACAGUUAAAUCCAA